UCCGAAAAGUGAACGUUUCACGAGUCAACAGCAACGUCUUUCGAGAAGUUCUAGGCGCUGUUUGCGACAUUUUUCCUUCUUUUAUCCGUCAUCCAAUGUUUUAUGUGAUGAAAUAACUUCAGUUAGAGUAUAUUUUCAAUAUUAGUGUUCUUAGUCGUAAUUAAGUAAUCGCUAGAUUACGAUAUAAGCUAAUAUGGGCGACGAAAGCCACCCGAAAACUCUCUACGUCGGUAAUUUAGACGCGAGUGUGACAGAAGAUUUCUUAUGCGCGUUAUUCGGGCAAAUAGGUGAGGUAAAAGGCUGUAAGAUAAUACGCGAACCCGGUAACGAUCCAUAUGCAUUUCUCGAGUUUACGAGUCACUCUGCGGCGGCUACGGCCCUGGCCGCCAUGAACAAGCGAGUAUUUCUCGACAAGGAAAUGAAGGUUAACUGGGCUACCAGUCCUGGUAAUCAGCCGAAGACUGAUACUAGUAACCAUCAUCACAUAUUCGUAGGUGAUUUAUCACCAGAGAUCGAAACCCACAUAUUGCGAGAGGCGUUUGCGCCUUUCGGAGAGAUCUCAAACUGUCGGAUAGUACGCGACCCACAAACGCUCAAAUCUAAAGGGUACGCCUUCGUAUCUUUUGUGAAGAAAGCAGAUGCUGAAGCAGCGAUCCAGGCGAUGAAUGGCCAGUGGUUAGGAUCUCGUUCUAUACGCACGAACUGGUCAACUCGCAAACCGCCAACAAAUAGGCCAAAUGAAGGUGCUCCAAGUAGCAAGCGGGCCAAACAGCCUACAUUCGAUGAGGUCUAUAACCAGAGUUCACCAACUAACACGACUGUAUAUUGUGGAGGAUUCACAAGCAAUGUUAUAACUGAGGAUUUAAUGCAAAACACAUUCUCACAAUAUGGCCAGAUACAGGAUAUAAGAGUAUUCAGGGAUAAAGGAUAUGCUUUCAUUAGAUUCACAACAAAAGAAGCGGCAGCGCAUGCCAUUGAAGCUACACAUAAUACAGAAAUUAGUGGACAUACAGUCAAAUGUUUCUGGGGAAAAGAAAAUGGAGGAGGAGAAAGUCAGAGUUCCAAUAGCACACCAGCGCCUCCAGCCGCUGUUGCUACGCAAGCUCAAUACCCGUAUCCAUACCAACAGGGCAUGGGAUAUUGGUAUGCCCAGCAGGGUUACCCGGCUCUACAAGGCUACAUGGCCCCGGGCUACUAUCAGCAAUACACCGCCGCCUACAGCAACCCGCAAGCUGCCGCUGCAGCGGGGUACCGCAUGAGCAUGCCGGGCGGAGGCGCGGGCGGCGGCGCGGGCUGGGCCACGCAGCCGCCGGUCAUGUACUCGGCCGCGCUGCCGUCCGCGCAGUAUCCCUCGCAGUAGACGCCGCGCCGCGCCGCCGCGCCGCCGCGACGUCGGAACCUGUCCGCUGCGACAGCCUGAUGCGUCUCCACCUCAAUUAUUAUCAAGUUUUGUGCCCUCGACUUGUGCUGGUGACGAAAUUUGACAGUUAUUCCAUAGAGAUGCUCCAAAAUUAACACACAACACGGAACACACCCCACGGAACACUUUUGCGAAAUGCUACAGUUGAUUAUCGUCGUUUUCGAAGAUCACUUUACAAAUUCGAUGUCCAGGAUUUUGUCCGAUACUUGCACUAUGGUCUUUCUUACGGAUAAAUCGGGAGUAAGUUUUGCAAAUUAUCGUUGUAAUAAUAACGAUUUGUUUUGCAGUGGCAUUUUGCAAAGGUGACUUUCGUUAUAAUAGUUAUUUAUGAAUUACUUGGUUAGUUAAUUAAAUAGAAUAUUUUAAAGACUAGUUUAAUCGAUGAUAGUAAAUAAUUCUGAAAAUAUAUAAGUAGGAAACAAAUUGAUUAGAUUUCGUAUUUUAUACAAUUUUGAGAAAAAAUAUCCAUGGGCUAAACUUGAUCUUCAAAAUAUUCUGGCUAACCAGUUGUUCACUUGACACACAUUAAGUAGGUUCCUUUUGCAAAUUGUUUGGCUUCUUUACAACUGUAAAAAAUUUUCAUGUACAUAGUCAGUUUUAAGCAUGAGCGACUAAUUUAAUAUCUGUUAUUUGCUAUGUAGCCACUACUUAUUUUUACAGCCAAUUAACAAAAAUACAUAUUUGCUACCAUAUAUAGUGUUAUACAAUAUAAUAAGUUGAAAGGCACUGAUGUCCAGAUGUUCAAAAGUAAUUUUAAUCAGACUUUGCUCUUUCAUGUAGUCGCUAUCUUAUAGAGAAAAACCGCGUGAUAAAGUAUGCCAUUACUUUUAAAUAUUGGGAUGCAAGCAUAAAAUAUCUCCAUCUCUCUCAAACAAAUUGUAUCGCCCCUCUGAUCCACAUUGUAAUGUGAAACACAUAUAGGGCAAAGUUCAGUUCCACAAAGGCAACUUAGAUUUGAUGUUUCUUUACAUAUCACUACUGUCUAGAAAUUGACUUUCACUCAUGGGACUAAACUUUAUUCUGAGCUCUGUUGCAACUUGCGCUUGCAGUAGUGUUGCCAACAUAAAGUUAAUUUUUAGUUCCUUUGGACAUUUCUCAAAUUUUUGUCAAUUCUACCUUAGUCUGUACGAAACGGAAACUGCCUAUUGGUGAUUAUUAUCUAUAGAUAAAGUGUUCAAAUUAGUGCAAGGUCUAGUAUUAAGAUAUUCAGCUUAAUUCCGCUAAUAUAGCCAGCUAGACUUUGAUUUUUCAUAUUCUGAUCUAAAAGUCAUUAUUAAUAAGACUUUAUUUUGGCAAUAUUACUGUAUGUUCAACGACACAAUGUAACCUUAAAAAAUGUUCAGUAUAUUUUAUGUCAUUCCAUUUCAUAUACUGCACUACAUAACUUUUUUAUGAAGUCUGGACAUAAGUAGUGGCAUAUAUAUAUACAUAACUCAAGUCCUUUAUGAGUUAGUAUACCUGUGCAUUACAUGUGCAUAAUGUUUGUCUGUAAUGAUACCUGUAGUCCGAAUAGAAUUUUUUUGUCAGCAAAUGUAUGUUGACAAUAUAUUCUACUGAUAAGAACCAAAUUGAGUGAGAGAGAUUACAUUAUUUCUUAGUUACAACUUUGGUAUAUUAAUGACAAGGUCUAUUAUAGACAGACAAAUUGUAUAACUAUAAAAGAAUUAACAAUCUGGGGAUAUAAAUUAUAUUUGUAUCAGUUGGUACAUACGCACACAGAUGUCUUCGCCUAAAUAUGUAACUGGCAUCAUUGUAUAUUACAUCCAGAGAGCAUAGGCAAUGAGUCGCAGUGGACAACGCUUACGAUCGCAACGACACGAACCCGCGGCGGACCUGCUACUUUAGUUAUUACUACUUUAAUCUUAGUUAUAAAUAGUUCAGUUUUAGGUCUUAAUGACGUGCAGAUUUUGUCCGAAUUUAUUGGUAUAUAUUCGGAUAUUACGCCCUAUUUAUUGACCGUGUUGAAGCAAAAUUCACAAGAGGAUUUACGUUGCAAGUGCCGCAGGUCCGCCGCUCGUUCUCCGCCGCGCCGCCAGAUGGCGGCCGCCGGAUGACGGCCGCUAGUCGAGUUCCGACGUUCACCCGCCUCCCUUGUUAGUCGACCUACAUAGAUAGGACAUAACGAAAUAAAUUAUAAAUUUUUAAAAAAGUUAUAAAUAUAUAAGGGGAGUAGUGUCGCGAGUGUCCUCGUGUACAUACGUUGAUAUUUAUUGGCGCUCUGCGCUGGCAGACUGAGUUAAAUGCCCGAGACUCCGAGACGACGCGCCAGAAAGUUUGACGUAUUUAUAAUAUUAAGUUCGGCACAGUUGUUUUGUUUGACCUUGUUAUGAUUUAUUGUAUGGAAACACUGGUAAGUCAAUAAAGCAGUGGGUCUGGGAAAGGGUGUUUGAUUUACCGAUAUAUAUAUUUAAUAUAUAUUAUUAUACAACUGUAUUAUGUUUAUUUCUGGGUCCAAAUUAUAUACACCCGUCGACUCGAUAGCCUGUGAUUAAAGUCAGCACAAUAUACAUUCGGAUGACGAAAUUAUUGUAAAUUCUUAAUUAAAGGUCAUUUUGUAAAAGGAAAAAUAAAUAGUUAAGUUUACAAAUA